AUGCUUUACUCAGUUCUGCUUAUUCUGCCAGCGUUGGUUGCUGCGGCCCCAGGUGUCAAGCUUGAGACAAUCAGAGAUAUCGAUUGGGAACUCGAGCUUCUCGGCACACGAACUCCCUUAGAAAGACGAGCAAGAUCAGAGAAAUCCAUUGAUGCCAUCUUCAAGUCUCUGGGCAAGCAGUACUUUGGUACAGCAGCCGAUCGUAACUUGUUGAACAACGCCCAAAAUUCGGAAAUUAUCAAAGCUGAUUUCGGGCAAAUCACGCCGGAAAACUCUGGCAAAUGGCAAACUAUUGAAGCAACGCAAAACAACUUCAACUUCAACGACCUUGACUUCCUGGUCAACUGGGCUCAGACAAAUGGAAAGCUUGUCCGUGGACAUACAACCGUUUGGCAUUCGCAACUCCCAAACUGGGUUGACCAAAUCAAUAACAAAGCCACCCUCACUUCAGUUAUCCAAAACCAUGUGACCAAGGAAAUCGGCAGAUAUGCUGGAAAGAUUCUUCAAUGGGACGUUGUUAACGAGAUGUUUGACGAAUCAGGAGGUCUCCGAAGCUCAGUCUUCUCCCGUCUGCUCGGUGAAGACUUUGUUCGUAUUGCUUUUGAAGCAGCCCGCAAGGCUGAUCCAGCAGCCAAGCUCUACAUCAACGACUACAACACCGUCGAGAAAGGCGCAUCCUACAAGAAAACCACCGGAAUGGCAACCUACGUCAAGAAAUGGAUCGCAGCCGGCAUCCCCAUCGACGGCAUCGGCGCGCAAGCCCACCUCGUCGCCGGCGAAGCCGGCAACGUCGCGCCAUCCCUCAGACUUCUCUGCGCCGCCGCCCCAGAGUGCGCCCUCACCGAAGUCGACAUCGUCCAGGCCUCUGCCAACGACUACGUCAACACCAUCAAAGCCUGCGUCGACAUCGCCAACUGCGUCGGCGUUACCGUCUGGGGCGUCCGCGACCCGGACUCCUGGAGAGCCGCCAGCAACCCGUUGUUGUUCAAUAGUGGAUAUUCUACUAAACCCGCGUAUGGCGCGCUUGUCCAGACGCUGGGUGCGAUGACUGCGACGUAUAAACCUACUACGACGACUGUUCAGUCGACUGCCAUUGUGCCGACGAGUACUUAUGUGGCUCCGACUACUGUGAUUCAGGUUCCUAGUUCGGCUACGAGUGUGGCUUCUACUUCUGUGCCGAUUAUUGCUUGCAAGAGUUAG